AUGAGCAGGAACGGCGGCAAGGUGUCGAAGCUGGAGAGCCUGCGGCUGAGCCUGUCGAGGGCGCGGGGCGGCGGCGGCGGGCAGUCAUCGACGACGGCGCGGCCGGGCGGCGGCGGCGGGGGCGGGAAUGAUGCAGUCAGCGCGUCCCCGCGGCGGCUGUCGUCGUCUUCGUCGUCCACCGCGUCGCCGCCGAGCUCGUGCGUGUCGUCGGAGGGCAGCCCGGACGCGGCGGCCGGGGCGCCCAUGGUCCUGGCGGGCUGCCCGCGGUGCAUGAUGUACGUGAUGCUGUCCCGGGAGGACCCGCGGUGCCCCCGCUGCCACAGCGCCGUGCUGCUCGACUUCAACGACGACCAGCAGCAGCGCCGCCCGCGCCAGCGCCGGUGA